GGGCGAUCUGCGCCCGGCGCAGCCAACGGGAGACUGCGGUCCCCGGGUGGAGCGCUGGGCCGCCCCCUGUUAGAGGGGCAUUGGCUGCCCCGGGCCCAUGCCUACCUUUGCCCGGAGCCACCGGUUUCCGCACUCGGGGCCUGCCCUCCGCAGCCAGCAUGGGCUCCCGCCGCGGCAUUCCCCCGUGAGGGGGGGAAGCCCGCCAGAAACCAGGCUGCUUGUCUGUGAAGAACGCGUUCUUGCGCUGCUUCCUACCCCGUCCGAAGUUUAGCAUGAGGCUGCUGAGGACAGCCACGGAACUCCCCGUGAGGUUCUUGUCAGGGCAACAGGCUGUGUCCCUCACAACGUUUCUGUGAGCAAAGGUGUCUGUGUGACUGUCUGCAGCAAAUACCGGCAACCUGCUCACUUGGUGCAACUGCAGCCCGGCCUACCUGCCAGCGCUGUGGAGACAAUGCACAGUUGCAUUACAGGACAUACAGGACAUACUGCUGAUAUGAAUACAUUUUUAGAUGAUCCAGAAUUUGCAGAAAUUAUUCUGAGAGCAGAACAAGCUAUAGAGUGUGGAGUUUUUCCAGAAAGAAUCUCUCAAGGAUCCAGUGGAAGUUAUUUUGCCAAGGAUCCAAAAGGGAAAAUUAUCGGAGUGUUCAAACCAAAAUCUGAAGAGCCUUAUGGACAUCUAAAUCCAAAAUGGACCAAAUAUUUUCACAAAGUUUGUUGUCCUUGCUGCUUUGGCAGAGGCUGCCUCGUUCCAAAUCAGGGAUACCUCUCUGAAGCUGGUGCCUAUCUCGUGGAUGACAAGCUGGGGCUGGGAGUUGUACCUAAAACUAAGGUUGUCUGGCUUGUCAGUGAGACUUUUAAUUACAGUGCAAUAGAUCGUGCAAAGUCAAGAGGAAAAAAAUACGCUUUAGAGAAAGUGCCAAAAGUUGCUAAAAAAUUUAAUCGAAUUGGACUACCUCCUAAGGUUGGCUCCUUCCAGCUGUUUGUUGAAGGAUAUAAGGAAGCUGACUACUGGCUCAGGAAGUUUGAAACUGAUCCUUUACCUGAGAACACAAGGAAAGAAUUUCAAUCACAGUUUGAAAGAUUGGUUAUCUUGGAUUAUGUCAUCAGAAAUACAGACAGAGGUAAUGAUAACUGGUUAGUCAGGUAUGAAAAACAAGAUGAUGGACUUGAUCUGUCAGAUAAGGAUAGCCAGUGGACUAUAACUAAAGAAUCUACUAUUAAAAUUGCUGCAAUUGACAAUGGUUUAGCAUUUCCUUUUAAGCAUCCUGAUGAGUGGAGGGCAUAUCCCUUUCACUGGGCUUGGCUGCCUCAAGCAAAGGUUCCUUUCUCUCAGGAGACCAGAGACUUAGUUCUUCCUCGCGUUUCUGAUAUGAACUUCGUACAGGAUCUUUGUGAAGAUCUUUAUGAACUAUUUAAGACUGAUAAAGGAUUUGACAAGGCUACUUUUGAAAACCAAAUGUCUGUAAUGAGGGGGCAGAUACUAAACCUUACUCAGGCAUUAAAGGAUGAAAAAAGUCCCAUUCAGCUUGUCCAGAUGCCACGUGUGAUUGUGGAGCGAAGCAGCACUGGAAGUCAGGGCCGAAUUGUUCAUCUGAGCAAUGCGUUCACUCAGACCUUUCACAGCAGGAAGCCUUUCUUUUCCUCCUGGUAGCAGCAAAAAUGAGUGGGAAGAGUAAGUUUUUCUUAACUUGGGAAAGCUGCUUCUGUGUAAGGGCCCUGCAAUAACGUACUUCUGCUGUAUACCGAGAGCUCUGACUGCCGACACCUCAGAACUCAGAAUUCUAAAGACUUAAGAGAUGUAUUUUGAAUGUAAUAGAAGUUUACAAUUUUUGUGUCAAAAUUGUGCAUUCUUACGUCAGGGAAUGAGAAGAACUUGUCCAUAUUGUAUUUUUAUAGCCUAGAUUAAUGUAUUCUGAAUAAGGGAAGAUGCGCAGUUUGCUGAGAAACUACUUUUGAAUACAACAGGAAUUUUUUUAAUAUAAAUGUGAGAACCUAUACACUAUCAAUUUCUUUUCAUAUGGUCUUUAAAAAAAAAUGUGCAGAAUGUUAUCUUUCAUUGUGAACAUGCUUGUCCUUGGAAUUUCUUCCUGAUAAUUUUAAGCUGUUUAUGGACUUUCUUAGGCUAGUUACUUGAAAAGUUAUGCACUAAAAAAAAAAUCAAUUAAACUUAAAAAAAAAAAUCAAUCUGUCCUUGACAAACAAGAAGGGGAGACAGGAUAAAGUGCUCCAAGUAGGUUUGGGUUUUUUUGCACGUGGGGACCAAAAAUAGUUAAAUAGUUGAAUUACAGUAAAAUUCAACCUGAAUAAGUACACGCAGUUCCUACUGUGACAAAAUAAGCUGAGUGUACAUCUCAGAGGUUGAAAUUUCACCCGUAGCUUUAGAACUUGUGUAUUUGAGCACAUGUAUGAAAAAUUGUGAUAUUUCUUUAUAGAUCCAUCACGGAUGAAAGUUGCACCCUGUUGUUACAGGUUUGUUUUGCCAUAUGUGUAAGUGUGUUCUGCACUACUGACGACAGGAGCACUGAUGUGUUCAUCACAAAGCCAGUCUGCCUUCUAAAUUUCUGUCUCAACACAGCAUUAUUUUUAGACCAGAAAAAAAAGACGGUAAUAUGUAGAGCACAGAGACUUGUUAGCGUGCCCUUGGUGGUGUCCUGCUCAUCUACCACUCACAUUUAUGUUUAAGUUACAUGGUUUAAGACUUGAUGGUUAUGUUCCUAGAUCUGUGGCUUAUGCAACAUGGUAACUAUUUUUCUUUAGUAAUUUUCUGGACAGUUAAGACUGGGAGUGGGAGAAAAAUUGCUGCUUUUAUGAAACUUUCAGUAUUUUGGACAUUGCUGUAUUUUGUAAUUCUAAGCAAUACUGUUGAACUCAAAAAUAAUAAAAUGCUUGUAUUUUGUAUAAUUUUGAGUGGAUGUAGAUGUUAAUGUAGCAUGUCAGCAUUUCACGUGAUUAACUGAAAUGUUUAAGCCUUAAAUGUAAAACUGGUUGUAUGAUGGGGUUUAAAAUAAGAUUGAAAUCCUUUAUAAAAUUUCCUUAAUUGUUUUUACCCAAACAGUUUCUUAAAAAAAUUAAAGAUGGCGUUUAUGUACCAGACAUGCCUACUAAAGAAAAUAAAUGACAUCGUUUAAACUGCA